CGGCGAGGAUCGAAGUGCAGAGAAGUGAUGCGUAAAGCAUUUUCUUGUGGCACUGCGACAGCUGGAGCUUGGAUUUUAUCAUGCGCAUUCUUCCUAAGUUUACUGCCCGUAUGUGUCAACACUGACCUAGAAGAGGACGACAGUGACGAAAACACUGAUCCGCCAACAUUGGGCGAAGGAGCACCUGCAUCAGGAGGGCCGAAAGCCACUUCGAGAUCGUGUCAAGUUCCGUCCAUUGAUAUUGGAAAAAAUGUGUUCGUGGCGAGCACGUGCUCAUGCUCCGUUAGAGGAAGAGAACCUACUGAUGACUAUGACGAUUCCUACGAGGACGAUGCAGAGCCAGAGAUCUCGGCCAGGAGUGCCCAGGCAACGAGUAAAGCCGAAGUGGAAUCGUGUGAUAUGUCUGUCACCAGUGGCAACGAAAGCUUCGUCCAGCCGACAGAAUCCCCUGUCCCGACGGAAACUACCCCACAAGGUGGAAUUCUUGCCAAGAACGGCAGCGUCGAAAAUGGAACGCCAUGCCUGGCCGCUAUAAAAAACAACGGAAAAAACGGAGAUAAUAUAGCAGUUGGCCUUUGUCUCAACGGUAAAUGCGACAACAAGAACGUCACGUUUUACGACUUACCACGACCUGUGCACGAUCCCUACAUCUACCACUGCAAGGUGAACACAACGUUUAUAAAUACAAAGCUUCAAGUCGCCGUUGGAUGCAUCGCGCGUUGUUAUGAUUUUAUGAAUAAAACCUGGAACGAAACGAAGCUCGACGACGGACGCCUGUGCGCGCUACCGAAAGAAAGCCACGAUAACAAAUACGUCAACAGAACCGGAGUCUGUCGCAACGGGACCUGUGUCACAGCAGAUUUCACACCGUGGACUCAUCCGAAUGGUUGUGUAGACGCAACUACGAGGAGGAACGGAAAGGUCCUGGCUGUAAGGUGUACUGAUUAUUGCAAAAAUAAAACAACGCAAGAACUACCGGAUGGAACUCCUUGUCUGCUCAAUCACGAAAGGAAGGUACACGUUCCCACUGUUCGUGACCUCAUUGUCGAGGGUAUUUGCAAGAAUGGUCAUUGCAUUAUAAAACCGCCCGCUAUUCCCGUGGUGAUGAUUCACAUUCCCGAAGAAGGAUGCGAUAAUUUCGUCUCAUCCGUCAGCUAUACCAAAAAGGUCCAAACGACAUGCUCCUUAUGGUGCCCACAUCGGAAGACAAAAGCUGUGAAACGGGGAACCGAGUGCGCACUAGAGACGACUGGCAGAUGGUGGCGAAGAGUCACCAAAGUCGGUCAAUGCCUUGAUGACACAUGCGUCGAUAGAGCACCAGACUUUCCACCGCCGCACAAACUGAAGAGCUCAGAAUUGUUCAACUGCAAGAUUUUUGAUUACCUGACCGUCAUACCUGCCCGUCUCGUCGUGGUGGCUUCUUGUCAAGUUGAAUGCGGCUACAGUAAGUUCGAACAUCGUGCGGAUGGUGUCAAAUGCUUGCUGGAGUACAGUGCUGCAUCGGGUAAGAAGAAAUCAAAGAAAGGAACGGGCGUGUACAGAGUCGGCGUUUGCAAGAAUGGCUACUGUACUGUCGGGAAGCACUCGAUGAACAUCACAACCAAUGACUGAGCGGUGUGCAAGCCGGUUAGUGCGAUGGUAAAAUGCAGAAGUUUGAAACCUAAAACAUCUUGGUCCUGGUGCAUUCGCCUGCGGCUGCAGUGCAAGAAAGACUAGCGGUUAAUGUAGACCAGCCUCCAAGUGAAACUGCGGACGUCGGUGGUAAUGAAUAUUUUGCAGUCAGGAAGAAGAAGAGGGUCCUCACGUUCUUCAUUUACGAAUCGGCUGCUUUGAAUAAAUAUUUUCCUCGA